CUACCAUCUGAUCAUUGACACUUCUCAUCGUCACUUCGUCUCGCCAUUUCGUGCUCUGUGAGGCCACCUCGCCAUGAGCAACCCUUCAUCGAAACAGUAUAAUGGCAAUGGCAAGGUUGUACAUGCGCCCGACUCGAGCCCCAUUAGCACGCGCACGGCAAUCGGCUCCGUAGGCGGCUCGUCAUCCAGCAAUGGAGUAGGUCGUAGCGGCAGCAACAGCACGCAUAGGCCCUCUGGCUCGUCGUCAUUCGGAUCUAGCUUUACGCAGGGUAUUAGACGUCCCGCGUCGGGCGCAUCCUCCUCUGCGAAGCCACCAACCUCGCGCAUAGGCCUCCUUGGCGGCGCACAAUCUCCCUACGCUCUCCCUAACGCCGGCAAGAUGAAGUCUGUGCCUUCUCUCAACCUCGAUCAGUACAAGUUUCGAGACGCUAAUGGAAGCGGCACCAGCGUCAACAGCUCCAAGAACAGAGGAGGCACCUCCACCAAUGUUGCUCGCGCGGUCAGCAUCUCCUCCGGUGACGAGGACAGUGAUGAUGAUGGUGCCUCCCGCAGACAGGCGCCCAGGCGCAAAUUCAAGCGCGGCAAACCUCCCUCAGAAUCGCCCUCUCCCGUCAAAACAAGGCCCACCACCGCGAGAGCCGGCUCGUCCUCGUCGCCUAUUGACGUCUCCGACUCGGGAGACGAGACCACGACGAAUCCAGCUCUGCAGAGGCUGCACGACCUCUUCAAGGGCCGUUUCAGUAUGAAGAAGUGCGCAGAUGCUCUGAGGCAGGGCGGAGGCUAUUCGACUGCUGUCGGGAUCCUACGCGACCGAGAACGUGCUGAAGCUUCUGGGUCGAGUAUGGGACGUAGCAGUAGCGCGGGGGGAAGCAGCAUUGGUAGCAGCAGCUUCAACAAGCGACUCAAGAUCGAUGGCUCUACACCAUCCAGCAGGACUAUCAGCCUGGGCUCCAGUCGAGCCUCAAGUGUGGCAUCGUCUCCUGCGCCGACGGCAGAGUCGCUUCGUCGUAUGCGCGAUGCCUCCAGCAGUAAAGCCCAGCUCAAGGCCAAGAGGCGUAGAGAUGCCAGUGACGAUUCAGGCUCAGAUGGCGGCGGUUUCGAGGAGGACAGCGACCGCGAGCAAUCCAAGAGGGCGAGGAAUGCCGUCCAUUGGUUCAACGCUGCAACCGAAGAAACCUUGAUAGAAACGAUCGGCUGCUCACCCGCCCAAGCAAAGACCAUCGCCAACCUGCGUCCCUUCGACGAUGCAGACGAUGCCGAGGAGAAGCUGCGCAGGACAAAAGGCGUAACAGGCAAGCUCUUUACAGACUACAUUGACCUGCUCGCCUCGUUUCACACGGUGGAUCAGGUGCUCAAGCGAUGUGAGCGUAGAGCAGAGAUGCUCGAAAAGGCUUCCUCAUCGGAAGCUAUUGCCGCCGACAAAUUGCACCUCAAGGGGAAGCCGGAGGGUAUGGCAGACGACUUCGACCUUAAGGACUACCAGCUGGACGGCGUCAACUGGCUCAGCCUGCGUUAUCGCAAUGCAACUUCGUGCAUCCUGGCUGACGACAUGGGAACAGGCAAGACGUGCCAGGUCAUUGCCUUCCUCUGUGACUUGAAAGCUCGUGGCGAAAAAGGUGUCAAUCUCGUCGUGGCACCCAGCUCGACCAUCGAAAACUGGUCUCGCGAGCUCAAACGCUUCGGCCCCUCGCUCAACUUCAUCGUCUUUGCGGGUAAUCAGAAUGAGAGGCGCGAGAUCCGCUUCGAGAUUGAGGAGGAUCGCCACCCUGAUCUCGACGUGGUUCUCUCGAGCUACAAUUCCGCCACGUCCAAGACGGAUCUCAAGUUCUUCAAAAAGUUCGGAUUCAACUGCUGCGUAUACGACGAGGGACACCAGCUCAAGAAUCAGGCUACGCAGAACUACAAGAAUUUGAUGCAGGUCAGGGCUGAAUGGCGACUGCUGCUCACGGGAACACCUUUGCAGAACAAUCUGCUCGAACUCAUGUCAUUGUUGAAGUUCAUCAUGCCGAAAGACUUCAAAGACACGACGGAGGCGUUCGAGACGAUCUUCAAAGCCAAGGGGAGCGCUGCUACCGCGAGAGGGUCUCAGCUGUCCAAGUCUCGUGUGGACAGGGCGAGGGCAAUGAUGGGUCCCUUCGUACUUCGCCGCCUCAAGGACAACGUGCUCAGCCUCCCCCCUAAGAAUAUUAGAGUGGAAUACUGCGACAUGACCCCCUUCCAGGGCAAGGUAUACCGCAAAGUCCUGGCCCGCACGCGCGUAGACCUCGAGCAGCAAGCGGCGGGUGACGCUCCCAAGAGCAAAAAGGACCAAUCAGCCAAUAUUCUCAUGCGUCUCCGCAAAGCUGCGAUCCAUCCAAUGCUCUUUCGCACCACAUUCACCGCCGAGCGUAUCCGUGCUUUGGCGAAGGACUACGUCAAGGAGCCUCAAUUCAUGGAUGAGGACCUCGCGCGUCUACAGGAAGACUUUGCGAUCAACUCGGACGCCGAAUUGAGCAGCUUAGCUUCCCAGUACCCUGCGACUCGCAAGCAUCAGGUGCCCGGCGAGGCUUGGCUCAACAGCGGGAAGAUCCUAGCCCUCCGUCGGCUAAUAGAGGAGAUCCGCGGUAGAGGCGAGAAGUUGGUAGUGUUCAGCCAGUUUGAAAUGUGCCUCUUCCUCCUCAUGGCCGCUCUGGACGAGAUGAACACGACAUGGAUUGCCUUCUCAGGCCGCACCAAGGUUGAAGAACGCCAAGACGUCAUCGACGAGUUUCAGACCAAUCCGGACAUUACUGUCUUCCUCCUCACGACCAAGGCUGGAGGUGUAGGAGUGAAUCUGACGGCGGCCAAUUGGGUCAUCAUGCUGGAUCAGGACUUCAAUCCGCAGAAUGACAAGCAAGCUGAAGAUCGCUGUUGGCGUAUCGGGCAGGAGAGGGAGGUGAACGUCGUCAAACUGAUAUCGCGCGGGACAAUCGAUGAGGAUAUUCUUGCCCUUGGGCAGCAGAAACUGGAGCUUGCGGCACGUGUAUCGGGCGUAGAGAAGAAGAGGGCUGUGGCGGGCCUUGCGCCAACAGUCAACGGCGUGGCAAAUGGAGACGCUACAGCGGAGGAGAAGGCGAAGGCGGCCGUUGCUGCGGGGGCAGACCCGGCGGACGGGGCCGCAGUCACGGCUGAUCUGAUGGACGAUGAUCAGCAGCAGGAGAAGACGGCACAGACGCUCAUGUCGAAGUUGAGGAAUCGUAAUGGUGCGACGGGUGGUGGAGGGGAUGGUAAAGAGGGAGACGCAGCGGAUGGGGAUGCGGACGAUGACAGCGACGAUGGUUUCGAGCUGCUCGAGUGAUCAUAAGAGGCGCGCAACGCAGGUGCGGGUGGCCUUAUCAUCUUCGACGUCUUUGCUCCGUUCUCAUAUCGACGUUGCUGUCCUAUUUCAAUAGCAUGAUCUUAACGCUUGACGCGGCC